UCCUGUGACCAGAAGGAUGAAGGCAGAUGGGGCCAGGCCUGGGUCCUGAUCCAUGGCCUGGGAGGGAGCCACCUGCGCCUGCCAAGUAUCCAGAAGGAGAGCCAGAGCUCCAGAGUGGAUGGCAGUGCUGAUGACGGCAAAAGCUGUGGUCGUGGCUUGGGCAUUCCCAACAUGAUGCAAAACACUGCAACCGGCAGCAUCCUUCGGAAGGGCUACUGCUUCGAGUGCCCCAUCCCCUGGCACCCGCACCAACUUGGCUCCGCCCCUGGCCCUGGCUUUGCCCAAGCGUCCAACAGACCCUACGUGACAUUCCCCGCCAGCCCCGUUGCAAGCGCAGCUUCUCCUAGCAGCGGCUUCAACAUCGUGCCAUUGGCCGGAUCUGCCUCUGGCGCCGUUUGGACACCUGCAUCCCCUGGUGCCCCGCCGGGCGCCUUCCUGCCCACUGGCUACUCGCCCCAGCAGACCACUGUCCCCGGCCAGAUCCAGCCCUUCAGCAGCCCCUCCACGCCCCUGGCCCUGCCCCAGAGACCCCCCGAGGCCCCAACCCCAGUCACCACCCAGAGCUCUGGCCCUUCAACCCAAGAACCCGACGCUGCCUUUCCCGUCAGCGAGAAGGUCCGCGAGUGCCAGACCCGGGCAAACUCCAUAUCCACCAGCAACACUGGCACCACCGGCACCACCAUGACAACGCCAGUGGAUGUCUGCGCUGUUGACGAUGGUAGAAGCUGUGGUGGUGGCUUGGGCAUUCCCAAUGGGGCACAAAACCCCUCACCCUGCGACCUCUUUCAACAGGGCUACUGUGCCAAGUGUGCCAUCCCCUGGCACCCGCACCAACCUGGCUCCGGCCCUGACCCUGGCCCUGGCUUUGGCCCUGGCCCUGGCUUUGGCCCUGGCUUUGGCCCUUGCCCUGGCUUUGGCCCUGGCUCUGGCUCCAGCUCCGGCCCUGGCUCCAGCUCCGGCCCCGGCCCUGGCUCCGGUUCUGGCCCUGGCUCUGGUCCUGGCCCCGGCCCCGGCCCUGGCUUUCCCCAAGCGCCUCACAGUUCCUACCCCUUCGUGACGUUCUCCGUCAGCCCUGUUACAAGUGCAGCCCCUCCUUGCAACAUCAUCCCAUUGUCUGGGAGCGCCACUGGCCCCAUUUGGACAUCUUCGGGCCAGGUUGCCCCUCCAAGCGCCGUCCUACCGCUUGGCUAUUCACCCCUGCACAGCCCUGUCCCCAGCCAGACCCAGCCCUUCACCUGCCCCUCAUUGCCUCAGAGCCCCGUCAUAUCUCAUGCUGGGUCCCUGAUCCCACUCCCGUCCGCGGCCCCAUCACCAGUCCUUAGCCAGAACUCUGGCCAACUGAUCCAAGGCCCUGCUGCUGCUGCUGCUGCCGUCACCGCCGCCGCUGUGGCUCCUGGUCCUCCUUCCUUCCUCGUCCCCGGCCCCAUCGGCAAGAUGCCCCGAGAGCGGCACACACGGGCCAACUCCGUGUCCACCAAUGGUUCAGGCGGCACCGGGCCCCCCAGGCCAACGCUAGAGGGUGCGCAGCCGUUCUUGGAGCGCAUUGUGGGUGAGAUUGCCUUCCAGCUGGACCGACGGAUCCUCUCCAGCAUCUUCCCUGACCGGAUUCGUCUGUAUGGCUUCACAGUCGGCAACAUCCCAGAUAAAAUCAUGCAGAGCGGAAACGACCCCCUCUGCCCGGUGCCCGAGGAGCAGCGCAAGGCGAUGAUGGAGCACUACGAAGACAUCAUGAACCGGCUGAAGCCCAAUGACUAUGACCCGAACUACCACCCACAGCUCACCGAAUACAUCGUGAACACCUUUGGGAUCCUGCGGGAGCGGCCGGACACCACCAAGAUCGGAGGGGACUUCUACAACGACGUCAACUACCUGCAGGAGGUGGUGGAGAACGUGGUGCCCACGGACAAGAGGGCGGACUGCCUGGUGCUGCUCCGCUGCCUCCACAUGCUCUCCCAGGCCGACGGGAAGCCCCUCUUCAUCUGGUGAACCCGCCGGCUUCCCUCCUCUCCCUUUUGAUCCACCCGCGUUGGAAAUAAACGGUCCCAGGGAAGCCCAGCCCAAGUGCUCUCCUUUCCCUAAUUUCUUUUAAACCGAUUGUUACUCAAAUAAAGGGAGGAAACUAAA